UCACACAAGUCAAAUUCGAAAAGUCGACUCGGCCAGUCGAGACAUCUCUGUUCACCGUGUCUGAAAGUGUAAAUAAAUCUCAAGUCAUUCUGGCAAGAAUUUAAUUAGCUGAUUUUAUUUCUUUUUCGCAUUGAAUACUACGUUCUACAUAAUUAAAAUCCAAUUAAAGUGAAAUUCACAAUCAACAGAAUUCUUCUUCAUCAUCAUCAUCUCUUAAGUGCAUAUUUUAUUUAAUUUUUUUAAUUUAUUACGAAGAAAAAGAGUUCAAAAAUGCCAGUGCAAUCACCUAUCGAGAUCAGCAACCGUGCCAUCGAACAUCGUGACGAUGUCGAUCCACUUGAGUAUCAUGGUCAUUGGGAGCCAGUUGGUGUGGCGAGAGUUGCAAAUACUGGCACCUCUGCAAUGGUAACAUUUUCAAAGCGUCCCGAACAACCAUUCAUAAUUGGUGGAGUACUAGGCGAAGACAAGUAUAUAUUCGAGCAGAUACAUUUUCAUUGGGCUGAAACCGAUGAUUCUGGCUGUGAGCACACUCUAGAAGGCAUGACAUAUUCAAUGGAGGCGCAUGCGGUGCACUACAAUUCAAAGUAUGAAAAUUUUGCUGAGGCUAAAAAUAAACCAGACGGCCUUGCUGUGAUUGCGUUUUUUAUACAGGCGUGUGGAGAAAAAGACUGUCCGGAGUUUCAAAAAAUCACCGAGGGUAUACGGAUUGUGCAGAAAAUUCACACAACCGCAUCAUUAGAUUCAGACUGUUUGUCCUGGAUUGGAUUGCAAGAGCUGAGCAAACACUAUUACACAUAUAAAGGAUCUCUGACGACUGCGCCGUAUUUUGAAAGUGUGACGUGGAUUAUUUAUAGAACGCCGAUCUAUGUAUCGCGGGAGCAGGUCUCCGUGUUUAGAAAUCUUCAGUCGUGUCCCAAGGACGAGAGCAAGAAGAUAGUAAAGAAUUUCCGUGAAAUUCAAAAACCUCAUAAGAAUCCCGAAGUAUUUUUUGCUAGGAACGCAAAACCAAAAUCAAAAUUAUGAACCCAAUUCCCAGAUAACAGGAGCUGCGGCAUCAUCACCAUAAAUCACCUUUUUUUGCUAUAAAACUCUAUAUAAAAAAUGAAAAAAAAAAAAAAUCACUAUUCUACUAUGGCAUUUCUUUGGGUUUCUUUGGUUCCACACCUGUUGUUGAAUAAAUAUUAUAUAAAAUAAUUAUUAUUAUAUAAAAAAAAGAAAUUUAUAUACGUAUAUAUUUAAAUUAAUUCUUACUACAAAAUGUGAACAAAAUAAAAUUGUUACGGUGCAAUUCCAAAACAGUUUCUUUAUAAAAUAACGAAACUGUUUUCUUUGAAACUAAUAACGGUAAAAAGUACAUAUGCAGAUUGAGUCUUUUUAGUUUUAUAUCUUAUUUGUGCGUGUGCCCAAUGAAAAUGCCUCCAGAAAGCAAUUAUUCAUUUAAAUAGAAUGCAUAGGCGAAUAAAAUAAAUAUAUAUAGGUAUAUAUAUAUCACUUAAUAUAAUAUUUUUGUACUAUUAAUCAAAUUUAAAAAAAAAAAAACUUUAUAGUAACAUAAAUACAUAUAUAUAUAUAUUUAAAAUACUACAUACAAGAAAAAUCUUCUAAUCUAUUUAAGCUCAAGACCAAUUUUCGAACUCGCCAGUUCUGUUUUUGAUUACAAUAUUUUAUUAGUAUUCGCUUUCAACUGGGCUAAGUAUUUUUUUUUUGUUUCGAAUCAAGGCGUUUGUUUUUUGUUUGUUUGUAAAUAAUACUAUUUCUGUUUUGCAUGCAUAAUUAUUAAGUUAAAAUGUUUUUUGUUUUCUAUAUAGUAUUUUUGGCAA